UCUGUCGGCUCGGGUAUCCCGUUAGGGGACCUAGAAGGCCCAGAUGGGGCCGAAGCCAAUCGCGUCGACCCGGUUCCGAGCACACCGGAACGGAUCCUCAACCGACGAGGAUCGCUCGAUCGGCCGAUCAGUCAACCGGUACGAGCGGAUCGACGAGUUCUCGCGCUCGGAGGCUCGCGUGCCGAACAAUCGUGCCUCGUGCCACCUAAACACGACGAUUUUGCUACCGAUAUGGGAGCCGCCAUGCUGAAAAGCUGAUGUGAAACACUGCCAGUCCCUUUGCUGCGAGGAAAGGGCAAAGAAACGAGCCAUGGGUCGCACAGGAUACACGUGCAUCAGGCACGUCUUCUGCUCCCUCAACGUUCUUAUUUGGCUAUGCGCUUGCGGAAUUUUGGGUGCGGGCCUCUGGCUCCGACUGGCGUACUCCGGCUACAUGACCCUGAUGCCGUAUUACAGUUUCGCGUCAGCUGAUUCUCUACUGUUAGCCGCUGGUAGCGUGACCUUCGUGAUCGCCUUCUUCGGAUGCUGCGGUGCCUGGUUUCAAUCUAGAUGCAUGCUGAUCACGUAUUUCGGAUUGGUGAUGCUGAUGUUCCUGGCUGAGUUCAUGCUGGGUACUCUAGCCUUCACCUUCAGGGCUCACCUAGCCCAUAAUUUGAAGCAGGAGCUUCUCUUCGGGAUCGAGAAACACUACAACCACACUAAGGAGCCAGGAUCCAUUCCGUAUGUUUGGGCCCGCAUACAGACGGAGUUCCAGUGUUGCGGCGUGCAGGAUUACACGGACUGGUUCCAGAUCGACGCAUGGCCAAAGGAAAACCGUGUUCCCGACUCCUGUUGCAUACAGCCAAAACGAUACUGCGGUCGUGCUGACUCGAAUGGUCUGAACAAGGAGCUCUGGCACAAGAAGGGCUGUGUGUCUGCUAUUCAAAUGUGGCUGGUGACCAGGCUCCACGUGGUCGGUACCGUUGGUUUGGUAGUCGCGUUCCUCCAGCUGUUCGGCCAGGUGGCCAGUAUGAUCCUCUUCUGCACAGUUAGGCACAAGAGGUCUUCCCACACGUACAAGAGCUACGACACUACGAACACCUAGAAUUUUCGAUGGAUCUUAGACGAAACCGGCGUCUAAGGUCCAUUCGGAUAGGCUAUUCGGAACGAUCACGAUCUUCUUUUUCGCCGUUCGAAGAAGGUUCUGAUCGUACCAUCCUCGCGAGAUCUGGACCCUUGUAAAGUCUCUCUGUUUCCUUGACGAGAUUCUUCCUCGGUUGGAGAAUCGGGUUGUCCUUUGGGCAGGGCUGCCUUGUUCGGAAGUUUUGGGUAUGAAGGUCCGUCGAGGUCUUUAAAACUGUUUUUAGAUUGUCGUAUCUUAAGGGUGAAAUAGGAGACUGUCUUUGAUAUUUAUAUUACCUUUAUGGUCCUUCAGGAAGAAGCAAACAACUGUAAGAUUGAUUAGAAAUCAAGCUGAUCCAUAGAGGUCAUUACGAUUGGCUUUCUUCUUCGAAUGUCCUUCAUGAUUCUCCAGAACGUAACAAACGAUUGAAUUCAAGAUUGGUCGGGAACUAAGAACUUUUAUAGAGGUCAUUAGGUUUAUCUUUCUUGGAUAUAUGUCUGUUGUGAUAAUUUAGGAUGACUCAAAGAAUUGUCUUACGGAUUGGUUAGGAACUAAAAAGACUUGUAGGAAUCGUUUAGAUUAUUUUGUAUGUUUGUUUCUCCGUUAUGAUAUUUGAGAGAAAGAAGAAACAAAGAAUUGAAUACAAGAUUAAAUAGAACCUAGCAAAAUCUGUAGAGCUUUGUUAGAUCUAUUGCAGACACUAGUUGCUUCCUUGUAGUUCUCCUGAUCUAGUAUUGAUGAAGUAUUGAAUGAAAGAUUGUCUAAAAACUAUGACGAUCUCUAGGAAUCAUUAGUAUUAUUUCUAUUGCUUGUUUCUCUAAGACUUAGGAAAUUGUAUAGAGUUCAUUUCGUUUAUCCAAUAUCAAGGAGAAGUUUGGAUAUAAUCUAAAAAAGUGUCUAGGUUCUUCGAAAAUUUUGCGACCUGAAAAAAUCCAAUGAGGCUGUCCAGACUGUAGCUAUUAUUUAUGGUUGAAAAACUUUGAGAAAACGAAGAUCCUUGUCUCUUCCUUGUCAGAGCGAAACAAGACAAGAAUGCCAGCUUUCGUAAAAAUUGUAGCAUCCAAGAAUAUCGAAAAAGACGUUUGAACUAAUGUCUGUUUACGAGUAGGAGCAUGUCUGCGUAGAAGUGUCUCAGAAGACCCAAGUGCGACCCUGCCGUUAGGGACAUUCGAUUGAACAACCGGUGAACAAGACGAUCGUUGUCUCGGUCCUCGACGCAGUGGACCCUGGCAACGCAGACUAUCAACCAGGAAGCGGGUUGAAAUGAUCGACGAGUGCAGCUCGAGCGAUACGCGAGCCGGCCCAUUAGUCCGACGGCUCGUUAGCUUUGAUAAAUGAUGAUUCCUCCUCGGCUGCUCGAGGAACACUGACUCCUUGGAAUAGUAAUCACCGCGGCUACCUUUCUCUGCGGAGAAAAAGGGACGCGAGGCGGAAGUGAAAAAAGCGCUAUUGAAAUUGUUCUCGUAUCAUAGGAUGCGGUCUUUUAUGUUAUCAUUGCAUGUUUUAUUUACUGCGUUACGUUACCGGGACUGCGAACGUUUGUGCGAAUUUCUAGGAAAUUUGUCAGUCCUUGUACGGUCAUCAGGAUAAAGACUGAUCCACUGCCUCUUUUUAGAUUCUGCGCAAUCUUUGUUUUCUUUCUGUUUAUGUUGCAAGAUGUGAUUCUUAAUUGAAUACGGAUGAUUCUCGAAUAAUACAGUUAAUUGGUUACGUGUUAUUCAAGAUCGUGUCACAUUAUAAGAAUUCAUACGAAUGAGAUGAUCCUAAUUCUCAAAGAAUAAUUUUUCUCGGAAUUGUUAAAAAAGAGGCUUUGGAAACAGUGCAAUUAAUUGUUAAGAAGGGAACUUUAAAAAGAGUGCAAUUGAGGCAUCGUAUUAUUUGAAGGCCCGUACAAUUAUUGAUCGCGUACAAAUUUUCAUCUAAUUCAAGUAUCGUAUUAUUCAAGGUUCAUAUUGCAGUAUUCAGGUUUCGCAGUAUUCAACCCACUUAAAAGAACUGAUAAUUAAAGUAGAAUUCGUCAAUUCAACGUGCGAUACGAUCUCCUAUAUUACCAUAUUCCUGGAAAGCGAACAGAAGCUAAAAGUUUAGAAAAAAGUUGUUCUCUUCAGGAAACACUUUGACAUUGUAAAAGUGCAAUAGAAGCGGCAGGAGCAGAGCAUGAACAUUCGCAGUCUUUCUAUCAAGCACUGCGUAUACCAAAAUUGCUUUCCGACCGGCCCGGCGUGUAACGUUCAUUUUUCUAGCGAGUGUUCCCGAUUCGUUAGUACGUCUGGCCGUGCGAACGUGAAGUAUGUUUAUCGAGCAAGUAUGUCUAUCAUUUUAGGAUCGAGUUGACGCAACCGUGGGACCGACAGUCGUCGAGAAUGUCAUUCGCCAAGCUUUAAAAAAUCACGGACGCGUCGAUCGUUUUCUAGCGUAUUUAUUUGAUCCUGUACACCAUCGUACUGUAGUUGGUAAUUUAGCAGCACGUGUCGCCUAUUGUAAUAUUUCUCUAAUAAAAACCGCGGUACCGAGCACCGUUUGAUAGAAGCUGCUGACUAUUAAAGCGAAUAUAGUCGCGACGAGGAACAGUUUACGAAGUCAUCGAAGUGCAAAGUGGCGUAAAGCUCGUGACGUUGUACGUAUAUUGAUCGAAUAAUAAAUAAUAUAUUUAUGCGACUGU